UCUCUUGAACACACCAAAGCUAGCCAUAGCAAUGGCUAGACUAGACCAUACGCUGUCCUUCCUACUCAUAUGUUCUUUCAUACUUUCCAUAACCAAUCCUUCCUUCUCAUGUCCCGUUCCUUGUGAAACUGAGUUAACCUUGCGCUUCUACUUGCGUCGAGUUGUUGCUGGACCAUCCCGUGACCAAGAGCAAAUUGUAGCAUCCCCAUACCCUAAAGGCUUUGGUCAAAUAGUUGUAAAUGAUUGGUCUAUACUUGAUGCACCUGAAUCCAAUGCUACUAUCAUUGCUCGUGGGGAAGGCAUGCAACUCCAGGCUUCUCGAGCUGGUAAUCGCUGGUUCAAUUACGUCAGCAUAGUGUUUAAGGAAGAUAGGUUUCGUGGAUCAACUCUCAUAGCCAUGGGUAUAACUCAAUGGGCCAUUGUUGGCGGGACUGGACAGUUUGCUAGUGCACAUGGUACUAUCAAGCUCGGAAUUUUCAGGGAAACCAAUGUCGAGACUUAUGUUCAGCUUGAUAUCCAUGUGUUCAGCACCCCCGAAACAGUUACAUCAGCUAGUACCGCCGAUGAGUAACUCAAUAUAAAAGGCAAACGUGUGGAUGUCGAUAGACCAUCUUCAUGAGAAGAUAAUAUGUGGAUUUAUUGUAUGGAAUAAAUGAACUAUUGGAAAAAUCAACCUCCUGUGAUGUCUGUUGAUGUUGUUUUGUGGAAUUUGUACGUGAACUUUCGGGGUAUUAUCUUAUUGAUAUGGUUAU